AGUCUGACAGCUAGAGCUAAACCUUUGAGUGUUUUUUCGCUCCACGUGAAGAUUAAAAUAGCUUGUGAAACAUUUUGAAUACACAAAAACAAUAAAAAAGAAAAGUAAUUAUGGCGGUUCGUGUACAAUUUGAAAAUAAUAAUGAAGUGGGAGUGUUUAGUAAACUAACAAAUUCAUAUUGCCUCGUAGCAAUCGGUGGAUCGGAAAACUUCUAUAGCGUGUUUGAGGCUGAAUUAGCGGACACAAUACCAGUGGUGCAUGUGAGCAUCGCUGGAUGUCGGAUUAUCGGAAGAAUGUCUGUUGCCAACAAAAAUGGACUUCUUGUACCGUCCUCAACAACAGACACAGAACUGCAGCACAUACGCAACAGUUUACCGGAUACCGUUAAAGUACAGAGAGUCGAGGAGCGGCUAAGUGCUCUUGGCAAUGUCAUCGCUUGCAACGACUAUGUCGCAUUAGUACACCCAGAUUUAGACAAAGACACUGAAGAAAUACUCGCUGACACACUAGAUGUAGAAGUUUUUAGACAAACUAUUGCAGGAAAUGUAUUAGUAGGCUCAUACACCGCACUAACUAACCGAGGUGGUCUCGUGCACCCUAAAACUACAAUACAGGACCAAGAUGAACUUUCAUCUCUACUACAAGUACCAUUGGUAGCAGGGACAGUGAACCGGGGCAGUGACGUUGUUGCUGCUGGCCUUGUUGUUAAUGACUGGAGUGCAUUUUGUGGUAUGGACACCACAUCUACAGAAAUCUCAGUGAUUGAGAGUGUUUUCAAGCUCAAUGAUGCUAAGCCAACAGCUAUCACCUCAACUAUGCGAGCCUCACUCAUUGACAGUAUGUCCUAACCGUAAACUAAGCUGCAAGCCUGUUUAGUGUUAAACAUCUAUGUGAUAAUUAUAAAUUCAGUUUUGACACAUUAAUCUAUCAUUUCUGUUGAUCGGACCGAACAGUUCACCUGUUUUAUUAUUACAUAAGUAAAUAAAUAUCAAAAAUGUA